AUGCCCGCAAUUCCCCCGUCGCGCUUGGUUGCGCUGCAAUCCAAGGCAGAAAACAUCCGCAACAUUUGCAUUCUGGCGCAUGUUGACCAUGGAAAAACGUCGUUAUCAGACUCACUUAUUGCCACGAACGGCAUCAUCGCCCCCAAAAUGGCGGGUAAGAUCCGCUACCUGGACUCGAGACCGGACGAACAGUUACGAGGAAUCACCAUGGAGAGCAGCGCCAUAAGCCUGUACUUCAGCAUGAUGAGAAGGCAAAAGGACGGCGAAGAGCCGAAACAGGAGGAAUACUUGAUAAACCUGAUCGACAGCCCAGGCCACAUCGAUUUCUCGUCAGAAGUGAGCACUGCUUCAAGACUGUGCGAUGCUGCAGUCGUCCUCGUGGAUGCCGUCGAAGGCGUGUGCUCACAGACCGUCACAGUGCUACGGCAGGUAUGGAUAGAAAAACUGAAACCACUACUCGUCAUCAACAAAAUCGACAGGCUCGUGACCGAACUGAAAAUGACCCCGGCCGAGGCAUAUUCACACCUCGGGAGGGUCCUCGAAGGUGUGAAUGCCGUCAUUGGCGGCUUCUUCCAGGGUGAGCGCGCACAGGAAGAUCUCGAGUGGAGGGAAAGGCUGGACCAGAGAAGAGCGGCGCGCGAACAGCAAAAGCAGGACGCCUUGAAUGAAUCUGCGACUGAGGCGGAUAUAGACCAGUCGUACGAAGAACGAGAUGAUGAACAUCUGUACUUCGCCCCGGAGAAGAACAACGUCAUCUUCGGAAGUGCAAUAGACGGCUGGGCUUUCACUGUGCGCCAAUUCGCCGGCAUAUAUGAAAAGAAGCUAGGUAUCCGGAAGUCGGUGCUUGAGAACGUUCUCUGGGGUGACUUCUACCUGGAUCCCAAGACCAAGAAGGUACUGGGUCAGAAGCACCUGAAGGGACGGAACCUCAAGCCUAUCUUCGUUCAGCUUGUAUUGGAACCCAUCUGGCAAGCCUACGAUGCCACGGUGGGUAUCAACGGCGACCGUGGCGACCCUGCAUUAUUGGAGAAGAUAACAAAGUCAUUGUCUAUCAAUAUUCCCGCUCACAUCACCAGAUCUAGGGACACGAAAGUUAUAUUGCAGGCUGUCAUGUCUUCAUGGCUGCCACUCUCCACCGCUCUGCUCGUCUCUGUCAUCGAAUACUUACCCAGCCCGCCCAAUGCCCAAGCCGCUCGGUUUCCCGAGAUGAUCCAAGAUCUGGUCAGCUCAAAGAACAUUGACCAUUCCCUCAAAGACUCAAUUAUCAACUUCAAUACAUCUCCUUUGGCACCAGUUGUUGCCUACGUCAGCAAAAUGGUAGCCAUACCAGAAAGCGAGUUGCCCUCGAAGAGAAGGAAACUCGGGACAACCUUGACGGCGGACGAAGCCAGGGACUUGGCCAGGAAAAAGCGGGCAGAAAUAGCAAAAGCACAGGCCGAAGCAAAUGGAACAGCCGAUAUGGAUAGCGUCACCAAUGGGUUAAGCACCACGAGGAUAGGGGAAGAGACGGAAGAGGGCAUCGCACCAGAACAGCCAGAAGACCCGGAGCACCUGAUCGGGUUUGCCAGACUAUAUUCAGGCACCCUCUCUGCAGGCGACGAAGUGUACGUCCUACCGCCGAAGUUCAAUCCGGCGUUCCCGCAUGCCUCCCCUAAACCGAAGAAGGUGCCGAUCACUGCUCUCUAUCUCUUGAUGGGUCGGUCAUUGGAACCGCUCGAAAAAGUGCCUGCCGGGGUAGUGUUUGGUAUUGAGGGUCUCGAGGGACACAUCCUUAAGACUGGCACGUUAUGCUCACAAGUAGAGGGAGCAAUCAACUUGGCCGGUAUAUCAUCACUCAGCCAACCGAUCGUGAGAGUCGCGCUGGAACCCACGAACCCGCUGGAUCUGAACAAAAUGAUCAAGGGCUUGAAGUUACUGGAGCAGAGCGACCCGUGCGCUGUCUACGAGCAAAUGGAAAGCGGUGAACAUGUCAUCUUGACUGCUGGAGAACUGCACCUUGAAAGAUGUCUGAAAGAUCUGCGUGAACGGUAUGCAAAAUGCGACAUCCAACCUGGCGAACCGAUUGUGCCGUACCGGGAGACGAUCGUCAAGGCGGAAGAAAUGGAGCCGCCAAAGAACAAGGACCUCCCAAGAGGUACCGCGCUUGCCGUAACAGCGUCAAAAUUGGUGUCUGUGCGGCUAAGAGUUCGCCCGCUGCCACAGAAUGUGACGGAGUUCCUGAUAAAGAAUGGCCCGUCAAUCAGACGCCUCUAUGCUGAAAAGCAGGCCCAGGAAGAGAACGAAUCAGGAACCCUCAACGACGCCGACGGUGUGGAGACAGACGAGGCGGCUGACCUAGGCAAUGACACCGGAGGAGACCACAGAAGCAACCUCUCACUCCUGCAGUUCCGACAGCAACUCCAGGAAGUCUUCGACGAAGUGACCGAGGACAAGGAUGUCUGGGCGAAAGUCGUGGCCAGGAUCUGCGGCUUCGGCCCUCGACGUGUAGGGCCGAAUCUGUUCAUCGACGCCACCGGACAACAUACCUGCAAGCGGUUCUUGUUCGAGCAGCAUGAGAUCAAGGAGAAUGGGGCGCAGAGCGGCACUCAAGGCGCAGAAUCGGACGGCACCACCGCCGCGGCACAAGACUUCUCCGACACCAUCGCAUACGCCUUCCAGCUCGCGACAUCUCAAGGCCCCCUCUGCCGUGAACCCAUGCAAGGCGUGGCUGUUUUCCUCGAAGACAUCGCCCAACAGUCCCAGGCCCAAGAAUCUGCCGACUCGUCCGCGGCAACCGAGACGGGUCGUCUGACAGGCGAACUCAUCACCUCGGUGCGGGAGACCAUCCGCUCCGCCUUCCUCGACUGGUCCCCGCGCAUCCUGCUCGCCAUGUACAGCUGCACCAUCCAAGCCACGCCCGAAGUCCUGGGCCGGGUCUAUUCGGUGCUCACGCGGCGACGGGGCUCCAUCCUCUCGGAAGCCCUGCUCGAAGGCACCCCGUACUUCACCAUCAGCGCGACGCUCCCCGUGGCCGAAUCGUUCGGCUUCAGCGAGGAGAUCCGCAAACGCACAAGCGGGCUGGCGCAACCGAUGCUCAAAUUCACGGGCUUCGAGAUGCUCGAUGACGUCGACCCCUUCUGGGUGCCCAAGACUGAGGAGGAGUUGGAGGAUCUCGGCGUGCACGGCGAAAGGGAGAACGUGGCGAAGAGAUACGUCGACGGAGUCAGGAGGCGGAAGGGUUUGCUGGUCAAAGGGCCCCGAGGUGGUCGCGAUGCAGAGAAACAGAAGACAUUGAAGACGAAUUAA